CUUUUUCAUUAGUUUACUUCUUUCCAAAAUCAUACAUAAACACAAAAAGACAAUAUCUUAUUUUUUUUGGCCUAUUCUUUCUCAUUGAUUAACACACCCAUAUGCUUAAACUCCCUUCAUUAUCUUCCAUGGCUUUGAAGUUCUCUCAGAUUCUCUUCGUAGUUCUAUGGCUCUCUCUCUUCUUCCUCCUUCUCCACCACUUGUACUCCCUCAACUCCCGCCGCCUUUAUCUAAACGCUUCGACGGAGGAGCCCUCUUCAAUGUCGAAGCAACAGCAUCAACGUUCCCACACCAUUAGAUUAGUCGUCAGCAGAAAAGCUCUCUCCCAAAGAUACGACUUCACGCCUUUCAUCAAUCGCCGCCAUGAUCAUCACCAUCGUUCCGAAGAGCAAUACGACGGUGAUGAGAUCGACCCUCGUUACGGGGUGGAGAAACGCCGUGUUCCCUCCGGACCGAACCCGUUGCACCAUUGAUGAUGACACGUGUUUCAUUUGUGUGGUAACAUACCUUUGUCUAGCUUUUUUUUUUCUUUUUUGGUCUCUUUAAUAUAUUUCAGUAAGGGAAAACAAUUAAAGAAUAGAGAAUAUAGAUUUCUACAAUUUGGGUGUUAAUACAUUUUAUUAUAUUUUUCUUAUAAUUUUGACGAUUGUAUUGGUGAAUAUGUUGAUUUACUAAAGAGUAAAGAUAUUGACAAUCUUGAUUAAUUAUUAUUGAAAUUUUGGUUUGUAUUGUUA